GUCCAGGUUGUUGCUUGAUGCUGGAACGUCGAUAGAAAUGGCAGAAUACAAGGGAGCAGCAAGCGAGGCAGGGCGUGCCAUGCAACUAAUCAAACGCCGGGAGAAGGAAAAGAAAGAAUUGGAACUACGGAAACAAAAGAUUGAGGAAGGAAUUGUCUCAAACAUUGGCAAUAAAUUUGCUGUUCAUUAUGAUGCUGUGGAAGUACAGUUGAAAUCCAGCACAGUUGGCCUGGUAACUCUUGAUCAGAUGAAAGCUAAGCAGGAGUUUAUGAUAAAAGAAAGAGAAAAGCAGUUAGCUAAGAAGGAGGCUGAACAUAAACUCAGAUUAUUAGAGGAAAGGCAGAAAGAAAAACAGGAGCAGAAACAGAGAGCCACUUUGUCAUUUAACAUGGAUGAUGAUGGUUCAGAAGAAGAGACCGAGGAUGUGGAUUCUAAGGAGGAAAGUAGAGAUUCAACUGAUGUAGAACCUCUUCUAAAGAAGAAGAAGCUCGGUAAAAAUCCAAAUGUUGAUACAAGCUUCCUCCCAGAUAAAGAGAGAGAAGAGGAAGAGAAUGGCCUCAGAGAGCAACUACGACAGGAAUGGGUGACCAAGCAAGAGAAGCUCAGAAGUGAAGAGAUUGAGAUCACGUACAGCUACUGGGAUGGGUCUGGACAUAGAAGGAAUGUUAGAAUGAAGAAGGGCAACAGCAUAUCACAGUUUCUGCACCGGUGCUUAGAAAACCUUCGGAAGGAGUUUACAGAACUAAAGUUAGCUACUGUUGAUCAGCUCAUGUACAUCAAGGUAAAUACAUACUAUUGUGACAAUCCGAUGUUGCUGCGCGGCUGGUACGAGAAGAACAAGCACAUCUUCCCGGCGAGCCGCUGGGAACCGUACGACCCCGAGAAGAACUACGACAAGUACACGAUCUCAGACAAACGGAAACUCUAGCAACCGUGUGCAGAUCUAUGUAGAUCUACAAGUGCAUGGUCUCGGACAAACGGAAACCCUAGCAGCCGUGUGCAGAUCUAUGUAGAUCUACGACAAGUGCAUGGUCUCGGACAAACGGAAACCAUAGCAGCCGUGUGCAGAACAAUGUAGAUUUAUAUAGAUCUAUGAAGUGCACGGUCUUGGACACUGGACUUAGUAGCAACCGAGUGUAAAAAUGUAGGAGAACUAUGAUAACUACAGGGUGUUACUGUCAAAUUCAUUAAUGUGGAGAACUAUGACAACAAUAACACAUUAAGAUAAUUAAAUAAUGUUACACUUGGUUCUAACACAUUAAUGCGUUAUUUAUAAUCAGCUAUGUAUCAGUACCGAUUGAUUCUAAACCAACUGCUGGUCCCUGCCACGUUGCCGAAUGUGCUAGAUGUGUGUAAAAGCCUGCUAAUCUCUGGUUACCACAGGCAUCUUCUAAAAUUCUUAUACCGGUCUCUCCUACCGUUAGGAGCCUAAGGGAAGUUUGUGUUUCCAUUGCACAUUGAGCAUAGGUUGGUGAAUGAGGUAAAUGAAAUUUGCGAGCGUGUAUCACAAAUGCUGUACUGCCUCUGAUAAAUGAAUGCUGAAAGAGAAGGCCGAUUGAGAAUUUGUAAGAAAGUUGUAUCUACUCGAUAAUUCUAUAAUACAGUGAUAGUUGACAUUGACAUUGAAGAUAUUUCUAAGUUGAUUGUGUAAAUAUGUCAUUUUCAUGUUCCCAUGUGAAGAAAAAA